AUGGCGGGGCCCUCCGUGAGACCGGGGAACCCGGAGCGCGGCUGGAACGACCCCCCCCAGUUCUCCUACCGGCUGCAGGCGCGGGGCGGGGGCUCUGGGCGCCCCCCGCUCACCCGCCGGCCCCCCCCCGCCGCCCGCGGGGACCCCCCCGGCCCGCGGCCGCGCUUGGCCGCCCCGGAGGAGGAGGAGGACGACGACGAGGGGGUCCCGUGUGCCGCCGCCGUCGUGGCCCCGCUGCGGGCGGCCCUGGCCACCUGCCGCCCCGCCAUGCAGAAACAGGUCUGCGACGACAUCGGCCGUCGGCUGACGCUGCUGGAGGCUGCGUGGGCUCAGGGGAAGCUGUCGGCCCCGGUGAGGAAGAGGAUGGGGGUCCUGGUGCGAGAGCUCGAGCAGCAGCGCUGGGACGCGGCUGAUGAGACCCACCGCUCGCUCAUGGUGGACCACGUGCACGAGGUGAGCCAGUGGCUGGUGGGCGUCAAGCGGUUGAUCGCAGAGGCGAGGAGCCUGCCCGCCGCGGAGACGACGGACGGUGGCACUGAGCCCGGGCCUGGCCCCGAGCAUCCCUGA